AUGAAGUUCGCUACCAAGGAAGAACUCGAAGCCCACCAGGCUGCCACCGUUCGAGGUGGCAUCGAGGGUUUUGCCGCAGGUCUCGCACUGUCCCUCCCUGCAUCUUUCUAUGCACAGCGCACCUCCACCUAUUACCGCGCUCUCCCCAUCCAGCUCAAGGCCCUCGGCGUCGUCCUCGUGGUAGGACCUUUGUUCGCCAUCCAGGCUGAGCGCCGCGGCGUCGAGUUCGACCAGUCGACAUGGACGGGUGCCGGAAAGCGUGAGCUCGAUCGAGAGGAAGCUGCCCAGGUUUCGCGGUGGAACACCCUCGAUACCCGCCAGAAACUCUAUGACUGGGCAAUGCGCAACCAGUACAAGAUCAUCCUGGGUAGCUGGGCGGCUAGCAUGGUUGUCGCUGGUGCUCUCGUGUACGGUAACAAAUAUCAGACGCCUGCCCAGAAGGUCGUGCAGGCUCGUAUGUGGGCGCAGGGCCUCACAGUUGGUGUGAUGAUCGGUGCGGGUAUCCUCACCCAUUCGCAGCGGGCAGAAGCUGCGAAGCACCGCGACGUCGACCACUCGUGGGCUUCGAUUGUCAGCAUAGAAGAGGAGGAAGAGCGAGAACGUGCGCUGGCUCAGAGCAAGCUCCGAUUGCUUAACUCCACCCCCGCCCACUCACCGUAG